CCCAGCAGUGCCACCCGCAAGUUCCGCCCACCUGUGCCCAGCAGUAUCACCCACCUGAGCCCAGCAGUGCACCCACCUGUGCCACUCUGCAGUGUCACACACCUGUGCCCAGAAGUGCCACCUACCUGUGCCCAGCAGUGCCCCCCACCUGUGCCCACCCACCUGGCCCACCAGUGCCACCCACCUGUGCCCACCCACCAGUGCUGCCCACCAGUGCAGCCCAGCAGUGCUGCCAGUCAGUGCCCAGGGGUUGUGCCAGUCAGUGCCGUCAGUCAGUGCCCAGCAGUGAUGCCAGUCAGUGCCGUCUAUCAGUACCCAUCA